AUGACGACAGGCAAAAGCAAGAAGAAGAAGAUGGUCCUUAAGGCAGUCUCUGUCGUAGACAUCGGCUGUGGCAACUGUAAGUUCCCAAGCUUGUCUUCUUUUUUCAACCCUUCCCCCAAAAAGCCCCGCCUCUACUCCUCUAAUUACGGCCACUGCCACUCCUCCACCCCCACCACGGCCUCCUCUUCCUCCGCCGUUCCCUCCACCUCCCACUGGUUCUCUGACACCUCUUCCUCCUCGGCAACACCCUCCGCCGCCGCUGUCGCCGUCGAGAAAGACUCAGACGAUCCUUACCUAGAUUUCCGACAGUCCAUGCUUCAGAUGAUUCUCGAGAACGAGAUUUACUCCAAAAACGAUCUCAGAGAGCUUCUCCACUGCUUCCUCUCCCUUAACGAGCCAUACCACCACGGCAUCAUCAUCCGCGCUUUCUCCGAAAUCUGGGACGGAGUUUUCUCCGCUGCCAAACGCCGUGGAGACGUCCAAGAGUCUCCACUCGUCCACCGUCAUGGCUCACGUGCGUCACACCGUAACCACUACCACCGCUCGAAGUAA